UCAGUUCCGACACUGCGAUCGUAGUAGGCCUAGCGUCGUGAGCGCGAGCGGCAAUAACGCGCGCUAUAUCCACCGGCCUCUUGUUUUACCAACUCUUCGCUCUCGGACAAAGCGUCGUCGCUUUUUUUAUUGGUAAACAAACGUAAAACCGAACAAAAAUGCCUACGUACUGUUGACCGAUACUGUUGUGCCUAAGGUAAAUUGUUUUGCCGCUCGUCGUCGAUGUUCCUUUGUUUUGGCGUUGGUCGCUUGUUCCGAGACAAAAGACUGUUUGGUUGCAAUGUUUUCGCGCCGGUUGGAAGCGUCGAGACGGCGUCGGCGGCGCUCGCCCUUUCUGUGCCGGUCGUGUCUUGUUUUGUUGGUUUGGGUGAUUGGGUUAGGAUGUGGUGGAGAGGCGAGUGCCAAGUUGGGGAGGAUUGCUAAGAGGGAGGUGUUGGACGAGAAUUUGAACGUGUAUCUGACGCGGUUCGGGUAUAUGCCAUCGGCGACAGAUGACGCUGUCGGUGCUUUAAGGACAGAGGAGUCCGUUCGAAACGCAAUCAAGGAAAUGCAGGAGUUCGCAGGAAUACCCGCAACAGGAAAACUGGACGAUAGGACAAUUAAGUUGAUGAACACGCCCAGGUGUGGCUUACCGGACAAAAGUCGACAGACAUCUGGAAGACGGAAAAGAUAUUCAGUUCGUCAUAUAAAAUGGCAUCGAACUGAUUUAACGUGGAGUUUGAGAACUACGCAGUUCCAAGACCAAAAUCUCCGCAGCUACGAUGUCAGAUAUGUCAUCUCCAAAGCUUUGGACGUCUGGUCCAAACACUCAAAAUUGACAUUCGCGGAGGUGGAUAGCGACAGAGCUGACAUCCUCAUUUAUUUUCACAGGAAAGAUCAUGGAGACAAUUUUCCCUUCGACGGAAGGGGAAUUAUUCUUGCUCAUGCCUUUUUUCCAACGGGUCAGGAAGGGGUCAGUGUGGACGUGCAUUUUGACGCUGACGAAAACUGGACCACGUCAGGCAGUAGCGACUUAGGCACUAAUUUGUUUAUGGUGGCUGCCCAUGAAAUAGGUCAUUCCCUAGGACUGUCCCAUUCUAAUGUUGAAGGAGCAUUGAUGUACCCGUGGUACACGGAAAUGAAAAACGGUUUCGAAUACGAACUUCCCGAAGAUGACAGAUUAGGCAUCCAAUCUUUAUACGGUGCCAGGGAUGAGAAAAAAAGGGAACGUAUACCACACUAUCCACAUCAACCAACUUAUUACAGGCCUACCACAACAACCACUACAACUACGACAACAACGAUGAGGCCUGUGACACGGCCGCACCAUAAGUAUCCCUACGAUCCGAGAAAUCCUUAUGGAAAACACCCGCACGAUCCUAGAAACCCAUAUGGGUAUUAUCCCAACAGAUCAGAUAAAUCCCCGCAAAAACCAAUGCAUCCGAGUAAGAAACACCACUACUAUCCGACUGGUAGUAACCCGGAUCACAAGCCUGACAAGAAACAUUAUACUCCAGGAUAUGAUCCGAAUCGCAAAUCAACAGCAACUCGUCAAGAUUAUCCCUUAGUAACGAAACGGCCAUACACCAAAACUGUAAAACCGCAUCACAGGAACCAGCCUCACGUCACUCACAUACCCACAGAAAGGACCACACGUUAUGUUCCUAAAGAAUAUCCAGGAGAGCCACCUCCAGAUACUUGCGAUACUAGUUACGAUGCCAUUGCAGUAAUAAGGAAAGAACUGUUCAUCUUUAAAGACAGAUAUUUCUGGAGAAUAGGUGAUAAUGGACUUGUAGAGAAAAACUAUCCUGCCGAAAUAACCCGUCUAUGGAAAGACUUUCCCAAAAACCUCACCCACAUUGAUGCUGUAUAUGAACGUCCUGAUGGCCAUAUCGCUUUCUUCAUUGGAGAUAAAUAUUAUCUGUUUGCUGGAUUGCGGGUAGUUCCUGGUUAUCCCAAGCCUAUUACUGACCUAGGUUUACCUGUCAGCUUAAAGAAAAUUGAUGGGGCCAUGGUAUGGGGCCAUAAUGGGCAGACUUAUUUUUACAGUGGCGACAUGUAUUGGAGAUUCGAUGAAAGUGUACAAAAAGUCGAACUGGACUAUCCAAGAAACAUGGCAAUGUGGAACGGAGUCGGUACUGAUAUAGAUGCCGUGUUCCAAUGGAAAGAUGGUCGGACUUACUUCUUCAAAGGCAAAGGUUUUUGGAAAUUCAACGAUCAACGAAUGAGCGUGGAACACGUAGAACAAAAACCUUCGGGGCCAUUUUGGAUGGGUUGCAAGCAAAACUAUGAAGAAAAUGGUUUAAAUCAAAAGUUACCAUAUGUAAAUCUAGCUAGCAGAUCACACAAGACAGAUCUCAAACUCUGGUUGAUAAUACUGUUUUCAAUGGGAAAUCUAAUUUUAAAAAUUGUCUGAUAAGAAUCAUCUACACUUUGGUUGAGAAGGCUGAUUAUAAACUAGCUGAUAUAGACAAAUUUUAUAAAAGACUUAUAUGUUUAUUACUAUUAAACCAAAACCUUUCUCAACUGUGAAUAUAUAGAGACAAGAUUACUAAAUUUAUAAUUUUUACAUGCACAUUGUGAUAAAUGUCGACAAGUUGCUUCAAAUAUUACAUAAUGGAAAUAUUUCAUACGCAUUGCGCGUUUUAAAGCUUUUUGUACAGUACUUUUUUAAUAAAUAUUAGGCCUUCAGUGCAAUAUAAGUAUUUUUCCAGAGGCGAUUUUUAUAUGUCUCAAAAAAAGGACUGCAAAAAUAUAUUUUUCUUUACUCAAGGUAUAGAUUGAUACUGGUAUUUAUUUUUCAAUAUAAUCCAUUGUAUACCUUGAUCCUAUUAAGAAUUAAUUUUAAGACUGACGUUUAAAAAAUUUUAACGUAAACUGUCUCUCGCACUGCCUCCUCAUACAUUUUUUGCAUCAAAAAUUUGUGAUAAAAGUAUCAUACAUUAACUAAACACACAUUAACUAAGUUCAUACUUGAUUCUUUAGUCUAUAUUAAUAAAAUUUAGAUAUAAUUGUUUUAUUAAUUUUAUAUUAUUGUUUAUAAAUUUCUGUGAUAUUUUAUACUCCUUAUAAUAACCACAUUUAAUUUUUGUUAAAAAAUACAAAGGAAUUUUUACAUAUACUUUUAUAAUGCCACAGUCACACAUCUUUUUAAUUUUAAGUAGGCCCAUUAGGACUUAUCUUUCAGUAAGAGUAAAGUAGUGUAUAAUAUAUUGUUCAGUCAUAAUACUUUAAAUACUAUCCAAUUAUUUUGUAUGAGAACGUUUUAGUUCUCAAAUUAUUAGUAAUAUAAUAUUGUAAUAGACAUUAGAAAACUUGGAGAAAUUUCAGGUCUAUCAAUGUCUUCAAAAUAUUUUUGCUAUUACUAAAAACUAUUAUAAAAAUUGAUACUUCAUUACCAUAAUAAAUUUUGAAAACAUUGAUAGCUCUAAUAUUCUCUUCUAACUGAUUACUAUAUGAAACUACAUUGAUUGUAACAAAUAUGACCAAGCAAUGUAUUCCAUCAUCAUCAGUCAGAAAAUAACACAUCUAUGUAAAUAGAAUAGAAUAAACAAAAUUAAAAAUUUGAUAUUUAUAUAUAUUUUAAAUAAGA